GCGCCCACCCGCCCCGCGUCGCCUCAGCUUCCGGAAACUCCAAGUCGCCAGGGCGCAGCGGCAGAGCCGCGGCGAGGCUAGCGCUUUGUUCCGCGGUUGAGUCUCGCGCCCUCGGGCGCGCGCAUCCCGGGGACCUGCGGGUGCGGCUCUGCCCCAGGCCCGCGGCGGAGGAGCAGGCGCGAUCCCGUGCGCCCGAAGCAAUCCCGGGACCCGCCAGGCCAGGCCCCCAGAGAAGACAGCUGCGGCGCUUCGAGACACAAAGACCAGUGGGAUGUGGAAGCAAACGGGGAGCCGGCAAAGGGAAAGCGAAAGCCGCGGGCCCAGUCAGUAACCGGGUGAAGGCACCGCGCCGCCCUCCCGACGCCGGCGGUACCCGGGCCUGCCCUUGCGAGCCUUCCUGGCCCUGCCCCGUGCGCCGCAGCCAUGGCCAUUGCUCACCUGGCCACCGAGUACGUCUUCUCAGACUUUUUGCUGAAGGAGCCCUCGGAGCCCAAGUUCAAGGGGCUGCGGCUGGAGCUGGCCGUGGACAAGAUGGUCACGUGCAUCGCCGUGGGGUUGCCGCUGCUGCUCAUCUCGCUGGCCUUCGCACAGGAAAUCUCGAUAGGUACCCAAAUAAGCUGCUUCUCCCCCAGUUCUUUCUCGUGGCGUCAGGCCUCCUUCGUGGACUCUUAUUGCUGGGCAGCUGUCCAGCAGAAGGACUCCUUGCAGGGUGACUCUGGAAACCUUCCAUUGUGUCUGCAUAAGUUUUUCCCCUACAUCCUGUUACUGGUGGCGAUCCUGCUGUACCUUCCCUCCCUGUUCUGGCGUUUCGCAGCUGUUCCUCAUCUUUGCUCAGAUUUGAAAUUUAUCAUGGAAGAACUUGACAAAGUUUACAACCGUGCAAUUAGAGCUGCAAAGAGCGUGCGUGACCUUGACUUGAGAGACGGUGCCUGCCCAGCUCAAGAAGUUAAUGAGAACCUGGGGCAAAGUUUGUGGGAGAUAUCGGAAAGCCACUUCAAGUACCCAAUUGUGGAGCAGUACUUAAAGACAAAGAAAAACUCCAAAAAUUUAAUUGUCAAGUACAUCAGCUGUCGGGUGCUGUCACUCAGCAUUAUACUGUUAGCAGGCGUCUACCUGGGCUAUUACUUUAGCCUCUCCUCCCUCUCGGAUGAGUUCAUCUGCAACAUCAAAUCUGGCAUCCUGAAAAAUGACAGCACUGUCCCCGAUCGAUUCCAGUGCAAACUCAUUGCCGUUGGCAUCUUCCAGUUGCUCAGUUUCAUCAACCUCGUGGUGUACGUCGUGCUGGCUCCUCUGGUGGUCUACACGCUGUUUGUUCCAUUCCGACAGAAGACGGAUGUUCUCAAAGUGUAUGAAAUCCUGCCCACUUUUGAUGUUCUGCAUUUCAAGUCGGAAGGGUACAACGACUUGAGCCUCUACAUUCUUUUCUUGGAGGAGAAUAUUAGUGAACUCAAGUCGUACAAGUGUCUUAAGGUUCUGGAGAAUAUUAAAAGCAGUUGUCAGGGCAUUGACCCCAUGCUUCUCCUGACAAACCUCGGCAUGAUCAAGAUGGACGUGGUUGAUGGCAAAAAUCCUGAGCCCGUGCAGAUGAUGGCAGAGGAGCAGGGGGACCAGACGGCAGAUCUCAAAGAUUUGAAUGGACACAGUGGAACGAAAAUAAAUAACGGAGAGCAGAAUGCUCGACAGAGGCUUCUGGAUACUUCUUGCUGACGAUUUUUUUCCCGUGAACUUCAGAUCAGCGACCUGGGCAACAUGGGAUUCAUUUUGGCUGAAGAACCUCUGGCAGGUACCCAGCUGGUUCGCAGUAGAUGGUUCUCAGCAGAGAUACUGGGUAUGUCUUACUGAGUCCCUGGUGAAAACGAUGGUUAACAAAACGUUGUGGAGGAUGGUUCGUGAGCUUCCUACGAGACAACGUGGAGACAAGUAACACAGCAAACGUAGAUGUGUACGUCAUCAUCAGACGGAAAGUGGAAAGACUAAUCCUAGUAAGAGUAAGAGACCUUUUAGUGCCUCAGAGAAAAACACCUUUAUGUACAGAUAGUGCAACGAGCCUCAGAGCUACUGGAAAGCAAGGACUUUGGGAUCCAAUCACUUUGGAAGAGGUUGUCUGCAGGGAAGUCCUCUAUGGUCAAAAGCAUUUGAGACAGGACGUUACUUAAACAAAUUCACAGAACACAGAAGGCUUAAAGUGAGGGACGUUUCGCCUAUUACGAUCAGAACGUAUAAAUGACAUCUGCCACAUGGGUGUGCUUGGAGCCAGAACAACUUCGCAGUUUAUUUAUAUUUAAGAACAUCUUUUAAAAAUUCAUUUAAAUUUAGAAUCGUGUGAUGUCAAAAUUGAAGGCAUUUGGGAAGAACAUUCUAGCAUUGAUGGGGAAUUAUAGAAUAAAUGUUACAAAUGGGUAUAUAGUGUAUCACCCAAGCAUUGUUUCAUAAACAUUUAAGGCUGACCCAGAAUAUCAAAACCCUUUUUCCAAUUCUGAUCAUGUAAAUAGAUCCUAACUAUGUUUACAUUUUAUACAAAAUUCUUAAAAAUGACAUCUGUGGGGCUUCCCUGGUGGUGCAGUGGUUGAGAGUCCGCCUGCCGAUGCAGAGGACACGGGUUUGUGCCCUGGUCCGGGAAGAUCCCACAUGCCGCGGAGCGGCUGUGCCCGUGAGCCAUGGCCGCUGAGCCUGCGCGUCCAGAGCCUGUUGCUCCGCAACGGGAGAGGCCACAACAGUGAGAGGCCCGCGUACCGCCAAAAAAAAAAAAAAAAAAA